AUGAGCAUGCUCGAACGAAUCGCGCAGUACAACCAGAGUACCCGUUCUCGAGUAGACGUACCGAGGCUAUAUCUGAAGCCAAAACCUGCUGGAAUUAGCAAUGAUGGACAAGACCACUUCCUCUUAAGUAGACAACAGGACAUUACGAACCAGGUCCCAAGCCGAAAUGUUAAGCACUUUAGUUUAGACGGAGCCAGCAGCUUGCCGUUCAGCAGGAGACCGCCGCCUUUGAGAGCCCAGUCCGCAUUCUCGCUGGAAUCCGACGAAGGCGCUGUGCUAGACUGGAACCCGGCGGCAUUACUAGAACUCUCAGAUUCCGUCAGGGUAAACUUGAAGCACUAUAGGAGUGUGGGACCUGAAACCGAGAAACUAAACAGUUUCCUAGAGGUGGCACUUAGAGACGAAGAACAGCAAUGGGGGAAUCCAACACUCGAUAUCGAGACCAUUGAGCACGCUCGGCUGGACAAGUUGCUGGCUGAGCUUUUACAGUUUGCCGAGAAAAUGAGAGGAGGUGCUUCUAGCUCGUUAAUGAGGACAGGUGCGGCAACCGGCAGCUUCUCGCUGCAAUUCCGCGUCAUUAUAUCGCAUGCUAAGAACCUAUGGCGCGCGUGGAGGCGUAGAUUCCGCGAGCAGUACUUCAUGAUGGAUCAAUAUCGCUGUGCGGCGCUAGUCAAGGGCGGCCGGCUCAAGGAUGUUUCGUUCAACACCUCCCUAUCCUACGACCUGGGUAAGUGGCAGACGAAGGUGAGCGACCCAAUCUCUGAGCUUGAGGGGAAUUUACAAUUCGACCCUGGACACUGGUGGCUGAACAUUACAUGUGCUGAGAGGGAUGGCAUGGUAACUAGUUCGUUGGAGAUACCAACGAAAGGACGGUAUGGUAUUACUACUCUACCUCUACUUACCGGACAAGAAGAGUGGAUACGGGGUGAUAUAUAUAAAUAUGUCCGCGAAGGAAGGUCUGGGGACAUGCAUAUCGCUCUGAUAUCCCAAGUCGGCCGACAGAUCCGCGUUCUUCGAGGAUAUAGGCUGAAGAGCAUCCUGGCGCCGCAGGCCGGCGUCCGUUAUGAUGGACUAUUCGCUAUCAAGCAGUACGGGUGCAAGCUCGACAACAAUACGAACAUCUACCGCCUCGAACUGACACUCGAGCGUGUCCCGAACCAAAAAGUGUCCCUGGAGGACAUCGAAAGCAUACCGCGGCCGUCCCAGCUAGACGACUGGAACUUAUACGAGAAGCUCGAAGGCGACAAGAUCAAGCUCCUCCAAGGGGAGACAAGCUAUCUAGAAUGGAAUCUUAGACGCCAGGAAGAGAAGAUUGACAGAGAAGAUUGGAGAAGGGCGCGUCUGUUCAGAGCGUCUGUCUCGCGUUGGGGGUCCAGAGCUGAUUCUCAAGAAUAGGGGUAGGGUCUGGUGGCGGGCGGCUAUAAUGCCACACAAAGCUUAUACAAGUACUCUCUAUAUAGGUACUCACUGUCCUAUGUAUUAUUAAUGAUCCAGCCUUAGCAAAUUGUAGCUUAUGGCUUUGUAGCCAUAGAAGAAUACUCUGAUUGGGUCCAAUGGCCCAGCGUGUAAGUCAGGCGUGUAAGUCAGGAAAGGGAUGAGCUUAGUGGGUCUAUUUUUGACAGCCGCCAACCAGCUGAACAUGAUCUGGCUAAUAGCCCCUCAUAUUAUUAUUUCCUGCACGUCAGUUCGAUCAGAUCAACGUGGGGCUCUCACAUCAACUUUGUACAUUAGGUACCUAAGGUAGCCAGAUACCUAGCUUAUCCAACCACUAUCAACAUCAACAUCAUUCGAAAUGGGUGCGAAGAAGAAGGCCGACAACAAGUCGAACAAUAAGGAUUCCGGCGACAAAGAUGAUAAAAAGGGUGGUAAUAAAGUGAAAGGCGCACAGUCCGUCGUGGUUCGCCAUAUCCUGGUAAGUUAGGGUUCGACCUCCUCCUCAUCCUCGAGUAUACGAAUUGACACACAAACUUGCUUGCAGUGCGAAAAACACUCCAAGAAGGAAGAAGCGCUAGCUAAGAUCAGGGAGGAUCCCACUCUGAGUAAUUUCAUCGCAGUGGCUAGAGAGUAUAGCGAGGAUAAAGCGAAACAAGGUAUGUUAU